GCGGGAAGCGGCGAAUCGGGUUUGGCACUCAAUGCAGCAAGCUCUACAACAGCUCGAGGACCCCUAAAAAAGAGCUUCUCCUCAUUGACAGACGAUCUUUUUUCGUCUUCUACCACUUCUUUUGCGGCUUCGCCCACCAUAUACUUUCUCUCUUGCCCACUUGCCCUCGCUCCGUGUUGCGUAAACGCAAACCUAGAAAAGACAGCAACAAGACAAAACUCUGACCGCGCAGUCUUGCGAGAACUGACUCCAGCUCCCGCCGCGAAAGCUGCCGUUCUAGAGGUCAGAAUUAACUUUCAAGGGAGCUCUUAUCUCGCCAAUUGAUAUCCGCUGUGGCUCGGUAACCGCAGCAAUCGUCCAUCAUGGCCGACACAAGGAACACAAUCGUUCUCGAGAACAAUGAACACUUCAUUGGAAUUGACGUGGGGACGGGUUCUGCCCGUGCUUGUUUGAUCGAUCGGGACGGAGACAUCAAAGCACUCCACUCAGAGCCGAUCAAGCUGUGGCAGCCUCAGACCGGCUACUACGAACAAUCGACCACGGACAUCUGGUACUGCAUCUGCCAGUGUGUACAUGCCGUGGUGCACAAGUCCGGGGUGGACACAUCUUUGAUCAAGGGUAUUGGUUUCGAUGCGACUUGUUCCCUCUCGGUCUUCUCCGAGGACACCGACGAACCGAUCUCCGUCACCGGUCCCGACUUCGAAAAUGACGGAAACGACCGAAACGUCAUCCUCUGGCUCGACCACCGGCCGGUCGAGGAGACCAACAAGAUCAAUGCCACUGGUCACAACUUGCUCCGUUACGUAGGCGGCAAGAUGAGCAUCGAGAUGGAGAUCCCCAAGGCCCUUUGGCUCAAGAACAACAUGCCCAAGGAGCUGUGGGAUCGUUGCAAGUUCUACGACCUCGGAGAUGCCCUUACACAUCUUGCCACGGGGAGCGAGACACGAAGCUUCUGCAGCACUGUCUGCAAGCAAGGUUUCGUGCCUAUCGGCGUGGAUGGGAGCGAGAAGGGAUGGCAAGAAGACUUCUUCGAGAUGAUUGGCCUCAGUGAUCUCGCAGAAGACAACUUCAGGCGAAUGGGCGGCGUUCACGGCGUGAACGGAAAGUACUUGAGCGCUGGAGAGCUCGUCGGUCCCCUCUCUGAAAAGGCAGCCGCCCAGCUUGGCCUGCCCGCCGGCAUCGCUGUCGGCAGCGGUGUUAUCGACGCUUAUGCCGGCUGGGUCGGAACCGUUGGUGCCAAGGUCGACAAACAGUACGGACAUGCAGACGAGGAUCACCCUUCAAACGACAUGCACCAGGCUUUUACACGUCUAGCGGCCGUAGCCGGAACAUCUACUUGCCAUCUGGCGAUGUCUGAGAAGCCGGUGUUCGUCAAUGGCGUUUGGGGUCCUUACCGGGAUGUACUCCUGCCAGACUUUUGGAUGGCCGAGGGUGGCCAGUCAGCAACUGGAGAACUGCUGCGGCACGUCAUCGAGACCCAUCCCGCACACAAGGACAUGUUGCCCUUGGCGGAGGCCACACAGAUGAACAUUUACGACUACCUCAACCUGCACAUUCGCGAAUUGGCUGAGAAGGCCGGUUCGCCAAACGUCUCACACCUCGCUCGCCACUUCUUCUUCUACGGAGAUCUUUGGGGCAACCGGUCUCCAAUUGCCGACCCUAACAUGAAGGGCUCGGUGAUUGGCCUGAGCCCCGACGCCAGUGUCGACGGUCUCGCAUUGUACUACUAUGCCACGAUGGAGUUCAUUGCCCUGCAGACACGUCAGAUUGUCGAGUCAAUGAACAAGUCGGGCCACUCCAUCCAGACCAUCUUCAUGUCUGGGAGUCAAUGCCAGAACGACCUGCUGAUGGACCUGAUUGCGACUGCGACUGGCAUGCCGGUGCUCAUUCCUCGAUACGUGCACGCUGCGGUUGUGCACGGCGCGGCCAUGCUUGGAGCCAAGGCCGCCAGCGCUGACCACGACGGCAACACGGAGCACCUCUGGAGCAUCAUGGACCGGAUGAGCAAGCCCGGCCGGCUCGUGAAGCCAAGAAAGGACGCUCAGCAGAAGAAGCUCCUCGAUGCCAAGUACGAGAUUUUCCUGGAGCAGUGCCGCACGCAGCAGGAGUACCCCCUCAGCACCGAACGCGCGCGCAUCAUGUCGCUCUUUGGCGGCCAGGCGGCGAAGCCCGCAGGCUCCCUGUUCGGCUCAACACUCGGGGCCUCCACGACGACUCCCCAGCCAUCGACUGGCGGCGGGCUCUUUGGUUCUGCUGCGACCACGACGAACAAUCCCACGACGACUCCCGGCGCCACUUCAUUAUUCGGUCAAUCGACACAGCAGCCCGCCGCGCAGACCUCGAGCCUCUUUGGCGGUGCUACCCAGACAAACAACGCUCAGCAAUCGAGCAACCCUUUCGGCGGUCUGGCUCAACAGCAGCAGCAACAGCCGCAACAAACGACGAGCAGCCUGUUUGGUGCUCCUCAGCAGCAGCAGCAGCAACAGCCCCAGCAAGCGGCCAGCAGAAACACCACUGGCUACUUUGACAGUCUGCUCGCCAAGAGCAAGAAGCAGGCAAAUGGCGAGUCACCACUCGAGGACCUGCCCAGCCUUCACCUGGGCAUGGGCGACCUGCGCCAGCGCCUGCGGCAGCUCGGAGCUCGCACCACAGAUCCUCUCCAGGCCGGCAAGGGCCAGUACAUGCUCGCGGCGUCUGGCGUCGACCCUGGCGCGGCAGUGAAGGACCUCAACUUCUUCCAAGCCCACACGGGAGCUCGUGUCGAGCGGCCCACGGCUGGCACCGGGCCGUCCGCCGUCGACGUCGAUGCAUAUCUCGCAAACCUCCAGACCAAGACAACGCUGAACAUGAUUGCCGACGGCCUUGAGCGGUCGGCGAGGGACUUUGACAACUUCCUGGAGGACAACAUCACCUCGGAAUGGGAGGCACAGAGGAUGCGCAUCUAUGAGCACUUCGGUAUCAAGCCCGUCCAGGACGCUCCAGGAGCCAGCGUGGCCGAGCCUGCCGCAAAAGGUGGUUUCGGCACGUCGAGACGGACUGCUCGGGGUGGACGUGCCUCCACAGCCGGCGCAAAGGCCAGCACCUUUGGCCGAUCGACACUCCAGAAGUCAGUGAUUGGCACUCCCAGCAGGAUCGGAUCGCACCCAGAGUUUGGCGACGUCAAGGAGCAGAACGGUGGGAGCUCGACUCUCGGCAGUGCCUCCGUCACUGACGACCGCUUCCUCCGCGAGAAGCAAUCCAAGCUCGCCGAGCGUGUCCGCCAGCUCAACCUUGCCCGCGUGGAAAAGGCGCCCUACCCCAUUCUGCACGAGUUCGCGCAUGUAGAGAGCACAUCUGGCGACAGGCAUGCUCAGCACAUGGCUGUCAUUGCGAUGGUCGGUGAAAAUGCCGAGGCCGAAACCUUUGCUGGCGGGGCAACGGCCAAGGAACGUGCCUUCAAGGACUUGUACCUCGACGCCAACAGCAAGUCCGCCAACGCCGCUAGCAUGCGCAAGACUAUUCUCAAUGGCGCGAACAGAUUCCUCGAGCGCAAGUUCUACGAGAACGUCGAGGAUCUCAUCACCAAGUACCCCAAGGAGGCGAACCUUGGUGGUCGACCAGAUGUCAUCAACAAGAUGAAGGCGUAUGUGCGCCUGCGGCACGUGCGCAAGGAUCUCGUUCCUGAUGGCGCCGAGCUUCAGCAGGUUGAGGGCGAGUACAUUUGGGCUUUGGUGUUCUACCUCCUGAGAUCUGGUCAUGUAGACGAGGCUGCAGAGUAUGUCAAGACCCGUGCCAACACGUUCCGGGCCAUUGAUCGCACCUUCUCUUCCUAUCUCCUGGAGUAUGCUGCGAGCCCAGACCGGCGGCUACGCCGGCAGCUGCAGGAGAGGUGCAACAACGAGUACAGCCAGCGGUCACGCAUGGCGCCCACAAACUCGAUAGAUCCAUACCGGAUGGCUUGCUACAAGAUUGUUGGACGCUGCGAGGUCAACAACCGCAGCCUCGACGGUCUGAAGACAGACAUUGACGACUGGAUCUGGCUGCAGUUCAAUCUCGCUCGGGAGAACGAGCGCACGAUCGAGGUCGCGAGCGAAUCCUACACCUUGCUUGACCUGCAGCUCAGCAUACAGGAGAUUGGCACUAAGCACUUCCCCAAGAGCCCCAGCGAGGACACGAACGGCACAUUUGGCAUGUUCUUCUUCAUGCAGGUGCUCGCCGGUAUGUUCGAGAAGGCCAUUGCGUAUCUGUAUUCCUUCUCCUAUGUCGAUGCCAUUCAUUUUGCUAUUGCUCUCGAAUACUACGGGCUCUUGAGACCUGCCGACCCUUGGAGUGCGGCGAAUGAUCUCAUGUCCUUCGAUACCAGGGACAACCGCCAGAUCAGCUUCGGCCGCAUGCUGGGAUACUACACACGAGACUUCCGGGCUGCGGACGUCAAAUCGGCAGUCGACUACCUGGUCCUCAUCUGCCUCAACGCCGACCUGGGUGGCGAGGCUGGCGCACAGCAGGCCGAACUCUGCCAUGCUGCGCUGCGCGAGCUGGUGCUCGAGACGAGAGAGUUCAGCAAGCUUAUCGGAGACAUUCGUCCCGAUGGCCAGCGUAUCCCGGGCCUGAUCCAGGAACGUGCUCCGCUCAUCCACCUGCAAGCCGACGACGAUUUCGUCCGCACUGUCACGCAGCAGGCGGCAAGGUUUGCCGACGAGAAUGGUCGGACAACGGAUGCCGUUCUGCUCUACCACCUCGCUGGUGACUACGACAGCGUAGUGACCAUCAUCAGCCGCGCGCUGAGCGAGGCCAUCUCUCUGGACAUUGGCGAGGACCCCAUGCGUCUCAUGCCUGUCAAGCCGAGGGCCGAUGACAAGACUCCGGGAGUCCAGCCGGGCAGCAGCCUCAGCUUAGCCUCGAUUGACGACCCUGUGCAGCUUGCGCAGACGAUGGUCUCUAUAUACGAGCAGGAUGCGAUGUUCUACACCAAGAUCGAGGAGCAGAACCGGACCUCGUGCCACAUGUUGCUCGAGAUGAGUGCCAUUAAGAAAUUGGUGGAAGCUGGCCACUGGAGCGAAUGCAUUGAUAAAAUCCGGACACUGGACAUUCUGCCUCUGGACGCUGGCGGUGACGCCAACAAGAUCCGCAACGCUGCAUCUAAGUUUUCGGCGCUCAGCCAGCCGGUGGCUGCCAACGUGCCCAACCUGUUGCUGUGGACUAUCACCUGCUGCGUCCGCGAACGGGAGAGGCAAGCGAGCGGGCAGUACAGCGGCAACGACGGCACUGUGCGCAUGAUUAUCCGCAAGCUCAAGCAAAUGAGCAUGGACUUGACAACGUACACGAGCCAGCUCAAGUACAGAUUCCCGCCACACAUCCAUGAGGCACUGGCGAGAGCGUCUGCGGACUAGGCAUUUGGGUGUGUCGGUGUAUAUUUACAGAGUCGAGAUGUGCUCGACGCGAUUGUGGAGCCCACGCCAGGACAUGGGCAGAUAGGAGAACCUGUACGGAGUAGCCAGAGAAGCGAGAAUGAGAGAGAGGCAGAGGGAUCCGUGCUCCCUACACGAGCCUGCCUGGCCCGAGCUCCAUGCGUGUUUUCACGUUGGUGAGACAAGCAAUGCUAAUUAUUGAAGAGACAUGAUGACCUCA